AUGGCCUCGGAGCUGGCCAUGAGCGCGGAACUGCCCACCAGCCCCCUCGCCAUCGAAUACGUGAACGAUUUCGACCUGAUGAAGUUCGAGGUGAAGAAGGAACCGGCGGAGGCGGAGCGGCUGUGCCACCGUCUGCCCGCCGGUUCCCUCUCCUCCACCCCGCUCAGCACGCCCUGCUCCUCCGUGCCUUCCUCGCCCAGCUUCUGCGCUCCCAGUCCCGGUGGGCAACCGGCCCCCGGCCCCCCGACGGCCACCGCCGCCUCCUCCCUGGGCUCCAAACAGCAGCUGGAGGAGCUGUACUGGAUGUCGGGUUACCAGCAUCACCUCAACCCCGAAGCUCUCAACCUGACGCCGGAGGAUGCGGUGGAGGCGUUGAUCGGUGCCCCUCACCAUCAUCAUCAUCACCACCAAGGUUAUGAGCCUUUCCGACCUCAAGCCUUCGGGGGCGAGGAGCUACCACCGGCUGCCCAUCACCAUCCUGGCCAUCACCACCAUCAUCAUCACCACCUGCGCUUGGAGGACCGCUUCUCCGACGAUCAGUUGGUGAGUAUGUCGGUACGGGAGCUCAACCGACAGCUGCGAGGCUUCAGCAAGGAGGAGGUGAUCCGCCUCAAGCAGAAGAGGAGGACCUUGAAGAACCGGGGCUACGCUCAAUCCUGCCGUUACAAGCGGGUCCAGCAACGGCACAUCUUGGAGAACGAGAAAUGUCAACUCCAGAGUCAGGUGGAGCAACUCAAGCAGGAGGUGACCCGCUUGGCCAAGGAAAGGGAUCUGUACAAAGAAAAAUAUGAGAAGUUAGCCGGCCGGGGCUUCCCAAGGGAGCCCUCCCCGCCCGCCGCCCCCAAACCCGCCGACUUCUUCAUAUGA